AUGAGCGGCUACCCCCAGGCCCUGCGCAGUACUAUCAGUGGUGCCAUUCUGAGUCCACAGUACGGGCCCGGCAACGCAGCCAGUCGGGCGCAUCGGAAGGACAAAGCUCAAAGGAGUUUGUCCUUGAGCUCCUUAAGGCCUACGAGCGAGAUGUCUGCGGCACGGCUAUUAGACAUCAAGAUGCUGCGCAGCAAUUCAAGACCGCACACGCGUAUCCUGCGACCACGGCAGAUGACCGUCGGACAUGAUGCGCCAGCUCCCUCUCAGGAUGCAGUGCCAAGUCUCUCUCCAAGGAUGCCUGCGCCCGCGGUGCCGAAGCCGCUGCGCUUGGUCGCCGCGGCGAAGUGCCGCGCCGCCAGCCGGGACGCGGCGGAGUUGCCGCGGAGCCGGCCGCGGCCACGAGCCGGCGGAGCCGGCGGAGGCGGAGGAAGGGAGGCCAAAGGACUAGAACGCUUCACUGAAGCGCAGAAAGAGACCUUUGAUCGAGCUCUGCACGAGAUCCAUCAGGGUCGCAAGUCCUCCUGUUGGAUGUGGUUCGUGAUCCCAACUCCUCCGCAUAUUGUGAAUGGUGUGGAGAGGGGAAGCUCUAUGAACCGAAAGUUCGCCUUGCGGGACGAGGAGGCGAAGGCCUUCUUGAGUUUUGAGGCGGACGGCGUGAACCUGCGAGAGAAUUAUUUGAAGAUCAUGACCGCUGUGCGGGACCAGCUGAAGGCCGGUCGCGCUGUGGCGUCGCUGAUGGGCACCUUCGACGCUCCGAAGCUCACCAGCUCAGUCGCGUUGUUCGAACGGAUGACCUGCGACGGCUCGGACGACGAGUUGUACCAAGUGUUGCGAGAGAUCAAGCGCUUCCUCCCAUAG